GCGGAAGCGGCUCCCGGCGCUCCGUGUGCGGCGGCGGCCGAGGCGGAGCCGGGUCUGAAUGGAGGCGCCGCGGGCGAGGGGCCGCUGAGCGCCCCGGGGCCGCCCGCAGCCCGCGCCCCCUCCCCGCUUCCCUCCCUCCCCCCCGGGGCCGCCCGGGCCCCGCCAUGUCCUACAACAAGAUCCCGCCGCGCUGGCUCCACUGCCCCAGGAGGGGACAGCCCGUGGCAGGGAAGUUUUUACCUUUGAAGACAAUGUUAGGACCAAGAUAUGAUGAACAGGUUGCUGAAGAAAAUCGUUUUCACCCGAGUAUGUUAUCCAACUACUUAAAGAGUCUGAAGGUUAAAAUGGGUUUGCUGGUAGACUUAACCAACACCACUAGAUUCUAUGACAGAAAUGAUAUAGAGAAAGAGGGAAUUAAAUAUAUAAAGCUCCAAUGUAAAGGGCAUGGUGAGUGCCCUACACCUGAGAAUACAGAAACAUUUAUCCGUGUAUGUGAACACUUCAGUGAUAAGAAUCCUUCAGAGCUUAUAGGUGUCCAUUGUACACAUGGUUUCAAUAGAACUGGAUUUUUGAUCUGUGCCUUUUUGGUCGAGAAGAUGGACUGGAGUAUUGAGGCUGCUGUGGCUACUUUUGCUCAGGCCAGACCUCCAGGUAUUUAUAAAGGUGACUAUUUGAAGGAACUGUUUCGUCGUUAUGGGGAUGAAGAUGAUGCACCAGCACCACCAGAGCUUCCAGAGUGGUGCUUUGAUGAAGAUGAAGAGGAGGAUGAUGAUAAUGGUAAAACUGGAGGUCCAGAAUCAGAACCUGGAUCAUCAAGCUCUUCCUUUGGCAAGAGGAGAAAAGAACGCCUAAAACUGGGUGCAAUUUUCUUGGAAGGAAUAACAGUUAAAUGUGUGACCCAGGUGACAACGCAACCAAAAUUAGGAGGAAUACAGCAAAAAUGUCAGCAGUUCUGUGGAUGGGAAGGGACUGGAUUCCCUGGAGCACAGCCUGUUUCCAUGGACAAGCAAAAUAUUAAAUUUUUGGAGCAGAAGCCAUACAAAGUUAGCUGGAAAGCAGACGGCACCCGGUAUAUGAUGCUGAUUGAUGGCAAGAAUGAGGUUUAUAUGAUUGAUAGAGACAACUCCAUUUUUCAUGUAUCCAACCUGGAAUUUCCGUUUCGUAAAGAUCUUCGCACACAUCUAACAAACACUCUUCUAGAUGGGGAAAUGAUCAUCGACAAGGUUAAUGGACAGGUUGUCCCUCGGUACUUGAUAUAUGACAUUAUUAAGUUUAAUGGACAGCCUGUUGGAGACUGUGAUUUUAAUGUUCGACUUGCAUGUAUAGAGAAAGAGAUUAUAUUUCCACGACAUGAGAAGAUGAAAAGUGGUCUCAUUGACAAAGCACAGGAACCCUUCAGUGUUCGAAACAAACCAUUUUUUGACAUCUACACUUCCAGAAAGCUCCUGGAAGGAAACUUUGCCAGAGAAGUUAGCCAUGAAGUGGAUGGACUAAUAUUUCAGCCUACAGGAAAAUACAAGCCUGGUCGAUGUGAUGAUAUUUUGAAAUGGAAGCCACCCAGCCUGAACUCAGUUGAUUUUCGUCUAAAGAUAACAAGAAUUGGUGGAGAGGGGCUACUCACCCAGAAUGUUGGUCUUCUUUAUGUCGGAAACUUUGACAGACCUUUUGCUCAAAUUAAGGUGACAAAAGAACUCAAACAGUACGACAACAAAAUUAUAGAGUGCAAGUUUGAGAACAACAGCUGGGUCUUCAUGAGACAGAGGAUAGACAAAAGCUUUCCAAAUGCCUACAGCACUGCCAUGGCUGUCUGCAACAGCAUCCAGAAUCCAGUGACGAAGGAGAUGCUGUUUGAGUUCAUUGACAGAUGUGCAGCAGCUUCCCAAGGACAGACACGGAAGCACCACCUUGACCCUGACGCUGAACUCAUGCCACCCCCGCCACCCAAAAGGCCUCGUACCAUAACAUAGGGCCUUGGUCUCUAUGGAGGAGAGGAGCAUGUGUGUACUGUUCUCCAGAAGGUGACACGCAAGUGUGGAGGCUGGGAAAACAGAGAUCUGGAUUGCUCUAAAUACUUCUGUGUGUUUUUUGAGUUUGGUUUUUAUUUUGUUUUGUUUUUCUGAAUUCCACAUACAAAUGGACAUUGUUUUGUAACUGAUAAAUUCAACCUUACCUUACGAUAUUUGAAGAUUAAAUUUCCAAAGGUUUAGACAAGAACCAAGUACAGUGAAGUCAGUGGAAAGCUGCCUUGUUUAUAUAUGGAUCUCUUUUCACCUUUAAUUUAUAAUGUCAACAGUCUGGAACUGAGGAAAUACUGGGAUGCCGUACUUUUUAGGAGCCGUGUUUAAAAAAAGCAGAAGCUUUUUUUUACUGUUUUAUUAAACUGGCUGUGAUUUGUCACCCAUAGUAUAACAGAUCAUAGUUUCCCUGCAUUUCUGAGAUUUGUGUUUAACAACAAACAGCAAUGUUGUUUUUGUUCUCUGUUGAUUAAAAACUAAGCCACCUUAGGUUACUCUAAUUUCAAAAUUAGCUGGGUUUUUGUUGUUGGAAUAUUAAAAAAGUGAAUUCUUCUUGUAAAUAUCAUCCCUUUGAUGAAACAAGGGAGUGUGCUGGAUGUUUGCUUUUUCCCCAUGUUUGAACCUAAUGCCAAAUGUAUAGUGGGCUGAUUUUAGCUUUGCCUUGUUAUCUGUAGAUCAGAAAUGUACCAAAUCCUUAGUAUUAAGGUCUCUGUUAAAGAGACUGUUUCUAGUGCAGGGCUUAGUUCUCCACAGUGAUACUAUUGUAAAUACUUCUAAAAAGUACACAUCACUGUGAUACACAAGAGUAAUAAGCAGCGCUGAUAAUGAAGUUUUGCAUCCAGGCACAAAAUGGCAAAAUAAAUGCCAGGCAGCUCCUGUGUAAAGGAGAAGGUAAUUUCAGUGGAAGAGAGCCACAUCAGACAGGAAAUCUCUUGAUUUACAUAAUUGCAGGGCAGAAGUAAGUCCUUUUGGGGUGGUGGAUGAGUGUCCCAGGGAAGACGACACUCAUUUUCAAAGAUGGGGUUGGCUGUCCUGUGGCAUUGUGCUCAUCCUCUGACUGACUUUCUUUCUUACCAAAUGAAGAAGCACAUGAAUGCCCUAAUGGCUUUUGUUGCAGCAGACUGGCAGAUGUUCAUAAUAUUAGUUUUGAGAAGCUGCCGUCUGGCUGUCUAAGGGAGGAGUUGUUCUGAGCUGGGAUUAAUUGGAAACCAAAUGCAGAUUUUAAAGUUUACUGUCCAUUUAUCAAGCAAGGAUUGAAUUGGCUCUUUCUAUCAUUUACUUAGUGUGUGAGUCAUCCAUGCAUUCAGUAGUCUGAUUAGUGAAGGUCAUUAAUUUGUUAUAACUAAAAUGCAUUUCUGUUUAAAUGAAUUUUCAUGUUUGUAAACAAAAUUUACUCCUAGUUUGUUUUUUUUCUAUAUGAAAACUUUAUGACUUUGCUUUGUGGUGGCUUCUCUGGUUGUUUCAACCUGUUGUAUAAAUGCACACGGCAUCAUUUAGAUGGUGUUCCUGGUUUCUCUUUCUGGGGUAUUCCAUAUGUGUUUUAGAGAACUGAAGGAGUUAUAUAAGUUACUUUUUAUACUACUAUGGUAAAACUUGAGGGGAAAAAUGCUUUCAUCAAAGUUCUUUUUUUCAACUGUACAUAGUUUCUGCACAUUAUCUAUUGAAAAGAUAUAAUAUCACCUAUGCAAGGUUGCAAAAUGAUCUCUUAAAAAGAGCCUUAUAAAUUUGAUGUGAAAACCUAUGCAUCCUCUGUGCAUCUUGCAUUGAAACACACAGUUAAUGAUUUCUUUGCUCAGUAUGAAUAAUUUCCCCCAGAUUAUACUUGUCAGUGAGAUUGUCAUAACAUACACUUUGUCACUGAUCUCCAUGGUUCAUGGCAAUUGCAGUGUGUAUGAUAAUUACAGCCUUUUCCGUGAGGUUAGGACAUUUCAUUUUUUUAAGAAUGUGUCCGGGUUAUUUCUGUCUUUCUCCUUCCCAGCUCUUGCAUCUUGUAUUUCAACAAGACCUGGCUUCUGAUUUACCUUUACUCCAGAGCAGCAGCACUGCAAGCUGUCUUCCAUGUGCAUUCCACUAAGUCCAUGUAUGUGUUUUGGCCCUUGUAUUUUGACAGUGUCUUUUUUCCCACUCUCGGUUUGAAAUGGAUAUUUUUAAAGGAGUAAUGAUUCUGAGAAGGUGCAGAGCUCCACGUUCACAUUUGACUGUCAAACUCAUCUUGCACUGUGACCUGUAGCUUUUCAGAGAGGUCAAUCACCUUUGCUUUUCUGGAAGGGGAGGCUCCUGGGGAAGGUUUGAAUGAAGGUGGUGAAAACAAGUGGACUUUCACUUGGACCUGAUGGGUUUAAUGCCGUGAGAAACCUAAACCUCCUUUCUCUGCUACUAGAUAUUCAAGAGAUUGAAGCUAAAAAGCAAAGAAGAGUCUGUGCCGGGAAAAUAAUGAUGAUGAUGAAAAACAAUACCCUAACUUGUCUACUCUUUGGUGUACAGCAUGAUUUCAUCCACUAUUUUGUCAUUUGUUAAAUAUAUAAUUAAAAUUUGGGUUCAGUGGAGUUUCCAGAAAAUGUAAGUACAUUCCUCUAAAAACCGUGUAUUAUGUAUUUUAAUAAAGUCAAUGGUUUAAAAUA